ACCCCUGAUAUUUACAUCAGAUAAAAUUGGUGAUGAUGUCUUGAGUUCACUUACAAUAUUGAACAUAAAAAAUAAAGUUUUAACAAUGAAUUUACGUAGUAUUUUUAGAUCAAAUAUUUUAAGAACAAUCAAUAGAACAAUUGAAAAAGAUUUUGUAAGGCAAUCAUCGAGCAAAGUAAUUGGAAAUCAGGAGCUUAGAACUGCACUGAUAAAAGAAGAAAUCGAUCAAAAACAAGUUAUUUCGCCAUUAACUGAUUCAUUUGGUCGUUUUCACACAUAUCUUCGGAUUUCAUUGACAGAAAAAUGUAACUUACGAUGUCAAUAUUGCAUGCCGGCUGAAGGAGUUCAACUCUCGCCGAAAGACAAUUUAUUGACAACAGAUGAAAUAAUUUUGAUAUCAAAACUUUUUGUUGAACAAGGUGUGACAAAAAUAAGACUAACUGGUGGUGAGCCUACAAUAAGAAAAGAUUUGAUUGACAUCAUCACACGAUUACGAGCACUUGAAAGUCUUGAAAAUAUUGGAAUAACUACAAAUGGCCUUGUGUUAACAAGAAACCUUGUCAACUACCAAAGAGCGGGUCUUGACUCUCUCAACAUUUCACUUGACACACUUAAACCAAAAAAAUACGAGGAAAUCACAAGAAGGCGUGGGUGGGAAAGAGUCAUCGCUGGAAUUGACUUGGCUGUUCAACUCGGAUUCAAACCAAAAGUGAAUUGCGUUGUAAUGAAAAACUUCAAUGAAGAUGAAGUUUGUGACUUUGUGGAAUGGACAAAAGAUCGUGCUGUGGAUGUCAGAUUCAUUGAAUAUAUGCCAUUCUCAGGAAAUCGUUGGCAUACCGAGAAGAUGUUGUCGUAUCGCGAAAUGUUGGAAAUGAUUCAUGAAAAGUUUCCAGAAUUCAAAGAACUUCCUAAUGGACCCAAUGACACUUCAAAAGCAUAUCACGUUCCAGGUUACAAAGGUCAAGUUGGAUUUAUUACUUCUAUGACAGAACAUUUCUGUGGAAGUUGCAAUCGUUUGAGAAUUACGGCUGAUGGAAACCUGAAAGUUUGUCUUUUUGGCAACAAAGAAAUUUCAUUACGCGAUGCAAUUCGAAGUGGAUGUUCUGAAGAUGAUUUGUUGGCCCUGAUAGGUGCAGCAGUUAUGAAGAAAAAGAAACAACAUGCUGAUGUAAGAUUUUAUUCACCAAUUGGCCUUAAUUAUAAUAAAAUACAAAUGAGAGCGUUUUCAACGAAGCUCACCCACGUUGAUGAGACUGGAAGAGUAAAAAUGGUGAAUGUCAUCGAUAAAAAUGAUUCUAAAAGAAAAGCAACGGCAUCUGCUCAAGUCUUUGUUGGAGAAGACAUUUCGAAACUUAUAAGUGGCAAUUUAUUAAAGAAAGGUGACGUUUUAACUAUCGCGCAAAUCGCUGGAAUUAUGGCAGCUAAAAGUACUUCAAAUAUGAUUCCACUUACACAUAACAUUCCAUUAUCAUCAAUUAAAGUAAAUUUAAAACUUGAUGAAGAACAUCACAAAGUUGAUAUUGAAGCGUCAGUUGAAUGUUUUGGUAAAACUGGAGUAGAAAUCGAAGCAUUGACAGCUGUAUCAGUUGCAGCUCUCACCAUUUAUGACAUGUGCAAAGCAGUCUCACAUGACAUUCUCAUCACCAACAUAAAACUUAUGGAAAAAUCUGGUGGAAAAUGGAACAACCACCAGCCAAACUUCAUUAGUGUUUUUUCCUCCCUUCUGCUGAAUGAGACACUGGUUGAUGUUACACUUGCCGCAGAAGGACGCCAGUUACAAGCACACAAAGUUGUGUUAUCAGCAUGUAGUUCAUACUUCCAGUCUUUAUUCACAACGAAUCCUUGUAAACAUCCUAUCGUGAUUCUUAAGGAUGUCCAGUACAACGACCUUAAAACAAUGGUGGAUUUUAUGUAUUAUGGGGAAGUUAAUGUAUCUACAGAGCAAUUACCGCAGAUUCUCAAAACUGCUGAGAUGCUUAAAAUUAAAGGCCUCGCUGAAAUGCCUGACGCAGCUCCCGAUGGUCAAAUGCAGCAUCAUCAGCAAGAUUCACAUGAGCAUCAUAUCGAUGAGUCACAACAUAUAACGGAAAUGAAAACGGAAGAUUUAAGUUGUGUUAAUCAGUCUAUGCCAUUGGAUAUUUCAUCGGGAACAUCAUCGACGCCAGUCAGUUGUCCAUCAACACAUCAACAACACAGUGGUGGGCAGUGGGCGGUAAUCGAUACAAAUUAUCCUCGCUUUGCUUUGACUACGUCGGCAGCUGCCUUACCGACGAGUACUGUUCAGCACAGUAGCAGCAUUCAUCACUCCCAUCAUCAUCAUCACUCGCAUCAUCAUCAAAGUGGACAGCAAUCGGAUGGACAGAGUGCUGGCAACGAUAAUCUUUCAUUAAGCUCCAAUCACAGUUCAAGCCAUGGUAGCUCAAGUAAUUCCAACAAUAAUGCGACAAUACAAUCGCAAAACUCAACACCAGUUCAGCUUCAAUACCAAACGACUUAUUCACCACAAAUCAUUGCUGUUAAUCCAAACAAUAUCGUCAAUAGUUAUCCACCAAGCAUAUCGACACCAACAAGUCCGAUCGUACAAUCGGUGUACAGUCAACAAAGUACGCCAAUUCAAUCGCCUGUUAAUAUUCAAAAUUCCAGUAGCAAUGCCGGUUCAAGUUCAACAAACAGUGCUACAAAUGCUACUGUAACAACCACACCCGCACCACCUAAAAGAAAGCGUUCUGUGAAUCCGCAAGGUGAAGAGAAUUUCCUCAGAGCUCUUGACGCUGUGAGGUUUGGAGGAAUUGGCUUCUGCAAGGAAAGUAUCUUUUUCAAGAUCAUUAAGAUGAAGAGGAAAUGCUUGAAAAACUUUUUAAACUUCAUCGAUGAGGCUGCAAGACUUUACGGUGUUAACAAUCGUACACUUUGGUUGGAGUUUAAGAAGCGUGGCUAUCCGAUAAGUCGACCAAGUAUUAAGAGUCGAAUAAAAACAGAACCGAAUAUGAGCCCACCACCGCCUGCGCCAUCAACGCCAUCAGCUGAAGAGAAUACGAUGGAGAAUUAUGAAUCGAACAUUCAACAACCAAUGGCUGGGCCUUCGUCAAGUGAAGGGUCGACGACACCGAUAAUGUGUCCGCCACAUCAUCCCCUGGGAGUCAUGGGAUUCCUAGACACGAGACAUGUUGACUUUACAGCAGCCGGACUUCAUCAAAUGUCUCGACAGAGAUAUCCAGAUGGAACAACUGUUAACAUGAAUCCUGGAAAAGAAGAUGAAAAUUAUGAUGAUGAUGAUGAUGAUGAUGAAGAAACAUGGAAGAAGAUGGCAACAACAUCAGAACUUGUUUUCACACAAUGUUCACCGAUAUCGUCACCAUCAUCGCCAAUGUCUUUGACAUUAGCAUCGCCUGCAAUUAUAACGCAAGCUGGCUCAGGAAAUCCUCAAAUAGGAAACAAUGCAGGAAUGGGAAGUAAACGUGGACGUUUAUUGAUCCGCCAACAACGUGUAAAGAAGGAUGGUGAUCAGGGUGGUGAUUUGGAGACGCCUGAAGCUGGCGUUUACUCAGACUAUUUACUCUCAGUGCCAUUGUCGGGUGCAAAAAUGGAACGUCACGCUUCAGAGCCAUCACCAGCAACAUCAAAUCUGAUAACGUCGACUUCAUUAUCGACUCAGAAUCUUUUGUCCGUUCCACCAACACAUUCUUCAUAUUUAGUGAAGCAACAUUCACAUCCUUUGCUACCGAGUCAAUCGUCAUCAUCUCCAGGCACAUCUUACACCCUCACCCGUCAACUUUCUUAUCCAACACAAUCAUCUUCAAAUUCACAAACAAUUGUGAGUACUGUGACAACACAUGCGGCACAGGAAAUUGUCGCAAGUGGACAAUUACUUCAACUUCAACAUCAUAAACCACCUGCAUCAACAAGAAGUGAUCUUUCAUUUGAGACAGCAACACGAUCCAGUCAUUGUCCAACACUCCGACCAGGACCUGCAUUAGGUUGUAAUUUUUGUUGGAACACAAUUGACGCCCAUGGAAGAAUUCUCCGACGUAAAACUAAAUAUCACUGUCCUGAAUGUCAAACGAAUUUGUGUAUUGUGCCAUGUUUCCAAGAAUAUCAUGAACGACAAUCGACGGAAGGCAAUGAAACGACGACGCCUGCUAACAAAGCAAGUGGAUUAAAAGGCCUUAAGUCGGGCUCCAUGUAAAUUGUUUUUUUAUUCAUUUUUCUUUCAUUUUAUUUUGUCUUUUAAUGAUUCAGACUCUUGUGCCCUAUCAAAAAACAUUUUAUUACGACCAAUUGGUAUGAAAAACAAAAAAAAAUUCUCUUAUGUCGUUUGUCUCUUCGUCAACUUUGACGACUUUUUGGAACGCGUUUAUAAAUUUGACAAAUAAUUAAGCAAUGAAUUAAAAACGCGUUUAUUUAAAUUGUUAAAUGAAAGAAGAAAAUUUUUAAUUUGUUAUUUAAGUAACAUUGUAGAUGUGAAGCUUGUGGUUUAAGUCAGGGAUUGUUUUAUUAAAACUUAAAUGAAAGUUCACGAAUUUUCUAGGAUUUGAAUUUGCAAAUCAAAAACUUAUUGGAAAUUUAUCCAAUCCCUGAAUUAAAUUUCUUUUUUUUAGUUUUGGAAAAAAAAAACAAAACAUUUGUGAAUGUUCUCGCUCACAGAUUUUCUAGUAAUUAAAAUUGGUAACAAGACUCUUGGUUGUCCACCUUUGUUAUGGAUAAUCGAAUGAUGCUUGUCGAAUUUAAGAAAAAUAUUUUUUGUUUUUGUUCUUAGACGAGAAGAAGAAACAAGAAAAAAAGUUUUUAAUGAAGAAGAAUUUUGUUGUAAAAAUUCGUAUGCUCAAAGUGAAUGUAUUUAAUGCAGGCACAUGGUUGAGUUGUGUAAGAAAGACGAUAAAACGUCGACAUUUUAAGUGUAAUUAUAAAUUUCUUUCGAUGUACAUUGAGUAAGAUGAAUCUAGUUGUUAGAUUGAUAAAUUCUCUAGUUUUCUUCUUUUCAAAACUCACGCUGUUUUAACGAUGAUGAUGACAAGAUUGAUAAAAGCAUUUCUUAAGUAAGCAUGUAGAAUGAAAUAAAUUUCCAGGAACAUUUCGUUUAUGUUUUGUUGCCAUGACUGGAAAUUAUUAAAUGAAAUAUUUUUCCAGUAACAUUCUUCUCAACAUGACGCAAGAAGUAAUUAAAUGUUGCGUAGUAAAUAUUCAUACACUUACCGACAAUGUAUGAAACUUUUUAAAGUUCAAAACAUUCAGUAGAAAUGCUUGCUUUCGGAUCCCACAAUCGCAAGAGAAAUAAUGCAGGAAAACCUUCAUCUACACAAACAAAUAUGGAUGAAGAAAAUAUAUUUUUUGACCACAAAACAAACAAAAAACUAUUUUUACGAUGUUUGUAAAGUUUCUUUCUUCUCAAUGAACAGUUUGAUGAUAUCUUUGAAAUAAAAAAAACUUUCUUUCUUUGAUUCCCUUUUGAAUGUAUGUAGCAAAAGAAAAUAUUUGUGC